UCGGACGAGGGCACGUACUCGUUACCAGACCGCAAGAGCUUUUACCACUUUACUCCCCUCUUCUCGUAUUUAUUCAUGAUCCCACUUAUUAUCCCGAGUCAGGGCUGCUCAACUCUGUUUCAAAGCCCGGGUGGGUGGGUUACUCGAUCCAUCGAGGGUGUUCGUUUUUGAAUCCAGCGCGUAUUGCAACAACACGAUGACCACCACAUCGCCAAACCCGCCUUGGGUCUUGAAGAAGAAGGCCGUUCUCGUUUCGACACCCGAUGUGGAAGUGUCUUGUUUUGCUCGUCUUCGUAUUGCUCAUGAUCAAAUCGCCAAUCAAGGAUCCAUCUCCCUGAGGAUCACGGCGGAUCUUGCUAACUCGAGCGGCAGGUCCCAGGUGCUGACGUUGAAUGUCCCUCCAGAAUUAGUCGAAGAAUGUGCUUUAGCCCGGAUAAGCAAUGACACCCUCUGUUCAUCGCGUUUGGUUUCCCUGCUCCGGGCGUCUGUCACCAGUGUUUCGGCCGUCUCAACACUGAGUCUGAGACUCGGUGCAACCGGUGUUGUUCUCUGUCCAUCUGGGAUGGAGUCUCUAAGCCCAGCUAAUCCAGGCGACGCGAACUUCAACGCGUUUGCAAAGAUCUGCCAAUCCAAGUCCCUACGUCUACACUUCUCCAGGCGACAAUUUGUGAACGAUGAGCUUACUCGGCUGGAUGCUUUCGCCUUGGCCCUGCAGAAAAGAAGUCUUCGGGCAGAGUCUCUUGACCACGCGCGUCAUGGCGUGGUUUCGAGAGAUUGGCGUGUCUUUAAUCUGUCGCUCGAUCCACCUCCAUACUGUGAAGAGCCCAUGUCUGAGCCGGUGCAGCAAGUGGAUCCACCGCGAUAUUGUGAGGAAACCAAGUCCGAGCCGGCGGUUGGGAAGCGGCGCAGAGACCAGGGGUCACUGCCACCCGACGAAGAAAGACGCAAAAGACUGCUCCUUGCAUCCCCAGAACCGCUAGGCUCUCCCACCGAAGUCAACACACCGAGUACUCUCUCCCCAUCACCGUCAACAGCCUCAAUCCGCCCAACCAAGUUCACACAUACUCCCUGCCCCAGCCGCACAGAGCGCACCAUCCUCGCACGCCUGGAACACGAGCUCAGCGGCAUAUCCGACGAGCUAAUCCGCAAAGUACUGAUUCGAACCGGCCGCCAACACCUACUAGCCCACCCAGAUAAGGUGGCAGCAUCCAACCCCACAAAGGCCAAUCCCAAUCUCCUGGACCCCAACCUGAAAGAAUACAUCGACGCCCUCCUCACCCACCGCCUCAAAUCCCACCUCAUGGACACCCUCAUCGACACAGCAGUAACUGAAUGCCGCGACCAGGUGGCGGACGAACACAAAACCAACACGACGGAGCUCCGGGACCAACUCGACGAAAGCAACGCCGACGUCCGGAACACCGCCAACGAGUGUAUCAAGGAAAUGAAAGAGCAGGCCCAGAAGCACAUGCAGGAGAUCGAAGACCAGGCACAGCAGUGCAUGCAUGAUAUCGAGACCCAGCGUAUCGAGGUCGAGAUGGCGGCCGAGAAGAACGUCGCGAGGUUUCGGCGUUGGGUUGAUAAUGCGGCUUCUGCCCGGUCCGGGAAUGCGGGCAUUGCCAGACGGAGGUCGUUUUAGUUUGCGUUGGGUAACCGACCUAUCCGUUCGUCGGUCUUUCAGCCGUGCAAGAGUAUCUGAAACCCCCGCCCCCCGCCCCCGCCCCCGUACUUUCAACACCCUGAGCACCUCAACCUAAGCUGAGACUGGUUAGAGGAUGGCCGGGGGAGA